AUGUGACGUGGUACACCUCCCAUGAUGUACCAACAGAGAACAAACAGAUCAUCUCCCAGUUUUGGAAAUUCACGCAGUAUGAGUGCUAUGUCCCCAUCCCAAGGGAAUAUUUCUCAGACAUCUCUUCAUAAUAGUGGGUCUUCCAAUUACAAUGCUCAGCAGCAUCAAACACAGCAGCCGCAGCAGCAGCAACAGCAACAUCAGCAGCCACAACAACAGCAGCAGCAGCAGCAGAAUCUUCAGAAACAGCAGCAGCAACCACUUGUGAAACAUGAGCAAAGAUCAGUAAAUGAAGAGACUUCUCAGUUAUCUUCCCUUCCUGCACCACCCCCUCCACCAGUUUUAUCUGAUAUUUCUGUUCCUGUUACUGGUAGAAAUCAGGAUACUACCCUCGAAAUGAAAGUGGAUAUUGAUAAUGAUGAUGAAGUUGAGACAAAAGCCAAGCCGUGGUUGAAGAAAAAAGUGCCUGGUUUUAAGGUUAACAAAAAAUUGAAACGUCGUCGUCAGAAUGCUCGUCUGAGGAAGAUUCUACAGCCUAAGAAUGCCAUUAUGGUUCUUAACGAACUGAAAACUGGCAUUAAAUUUACAUUCCAGGAGCACACAAAUGCUUUAACGCAAACUAUGUUUGUGGUUAAUGCUGAGGUUGAUGGUAAAACUUACACUGGCCAAGGUUUAUCUAAGCCAUUAGCAAAGCAAAAUGCAGCAGAAAAUGCACUAAAGGAUUUAUUGUUGCAAAAAAUGGCAGAUGCUGCAAUUAAAGUUAUUAAUGAAGGUGCUGAUACUUCAGAGCCAAUGGUGCAAGAUUCCAGCAGUACUAUUGGAGAUGCUGACAGUGUUGAUGGAACAUCAGAAGUAGGAAAACCAGUUGCCCCAGAAGAUGAUGUUCCUUGGGGAAGUUUGGCUUCUUUUGCUCUGUACAAGUUAUUCACAGAAUGGCAAAGUCAAGGAACUCAUGUCCCUAUUACCAAGACACCUGCCGGCUCUCCAAGUCAACCUGUGAAACCUACUGCUCCAGCACCAAUGAAGAAAAUUCCAGACAAUCCCACUGAGAGGCAUCCCGUAAUGCUGUUAAAUCAAUUACGACCGGGAGUUGAAUUCAAAGAGGUCAGCCGAGAGGGGCUUCCACCAAAUUUAAUUUUCACCUUAUGUGUUACGGUAGAUGGUGCAUCUUACACAGGUGUUGCUAAGAAUAAAAAAGACGCUAAGAAAGAAGCAGCAAAAGCAGCUCUUGCAGGAUCAUUUAAUAUAAAAUAUGAGUGAAGUGUUAAAUCUGAAAGGUAACUCAAUAAAAUUUCCUUUCAGUGAUUUCUUUGAAUUUUCUGAUUAAAGAAUUCAUCGUAACAGAUUCAAAAUGGUGAAAUUUAAGUAUUUUUUUAUGUAACUUAGCUUAUCUUCAAUCUUGUGUACAUGCCUUACAGAAAUGUUUGAUUUACUGAAAACUUUGUUCAUAUUUGGACUGGAAAAAUGUUAUAAUGAAUUCUGUAUAAGGAAAAUGCUUAAAGAAAACAUUGGUGUGCAACAGUAUUCAUAUAUUCAAUUAAAUAUGUUAGAGGCACUUUUAACACUCACAUAUGUCAAGUUUUUAGAUUCGAUAUCCUUUAAUGAGAAUACAAUUAUAUAAUUUAUUUGAGGUAGCUGUCAUAUUGAGAUGUUCUGCCAUGUUGAUCUUCCAUUUUCAGUACUUUCAGGAGAAAAAAGUUUAAAAGUUAUGUUGGACAAAAUUUGCAAGUUUUACUUGUUUGUAUCAUUAUAAUUUUAUACCCUAGUUUGACUAAUUUUUGUUACUUUAAAGGAUACCUCAAUUUGGUGCUUCUGUUUUGUGUUAUGAAAUUUUUCAAUGAUAUUGACAUUUUGUGAUGCGUAUUCUGCAGUAGCAAUAAAUCAUUGACAUGUAUGUUGAAAAAUUAAAUCAACAAAAACAAAAAUCUCAAUUAUCUUGUGGUGUGAAAUUAAUUAAAACCCUCGCUUUAAAACUAUACCACAUGUAAUGCAAAUAUUUUUUUAAAAUGUAUUUAAACUAUAUAAUGGCUAAUUUUAGAUCUUUCCUAUUCCUUACAUUUCCCAGAUCAUAAAUACUGCAAGGUAAUGAUUUGUGUUGAAAGGUAUAAUGAAUAAAAAUGUGAAGUACUUAAGACAUAAUAUGCGUUGUUCAAAUUUUAUAUUCACUUAAGCCUGGGUGAGAAGUGGACGAGCGUCAAAACCCCUACAAGUGGGAGUAAUUGUCAGGUCCCUUCAUUUUAACCCUCUGCGGUCUUAACCCUAACAUCUACUGAUCAUGAUCCAUUCUUAAAUUUUGUGAAACU